CAACGGCUUAUCUUCAACUCAAACUCCCAAACACAGUCUCUUCCUCUCUGAAAGCUUCCCUGCAUUCAAAUGGCACUCGCAUCCACUAACUCCUCCACGGAAGCUGACAUUCGACUCCAAACUACAAAAUUUUCAGAGAAGAAAAUCGGAAAGCAGGGUCUCCUGAAAAAGAUUCUCAAGAAAGGAAUUUCCUGGAAAUCUCCAUUUCCUGGAGAUGAGGUGGAAGUUCAUUUCAGCGGGCAUGUUGAAGGCGGGGAAUGUCUUGAUUCAACUCGUAAGAAAGGGGUUCCCUUCGUAUUCAAAUUAGGCCAAGGUGAAGUAAUAAAAGGAUUAGAUGAUGGAGUUGCCACAAUGAAGAAAGGUGAGAGAGCAAUUUUCAAAGUACCCCCAAAUUUGGCAUAUGGGGAAGCUGGUUCUCCACCACUGAUUCCUUCCAAUGCAACUCUGGUUUUUGAUGUUGAGAUGCUAUCAUGGAGCAGCAUCAGGGAUCUAACAGGUGAUGGUGGAAUAUUGAAGAAGAUAACAAAGGAGGGUGAUGGAUGGGCCACACCAAGAGAUGGAGAUCAAGUUUUAGUGAAGUAUGAGGCUAGGCUUGAGAAUGGACUGCUUGCUUCCAAAUCUGAAGAAGGGGCAGAGUUUCAUAUAGGUGACGGUUAUCUAUGCCCUGCCCUUGGCAUAGCUGUGAAGACGAUGAGAAGGGGCGAAAAGGCAGAUCUAUCAGUAAAGUGCUCCUAUGGGUUUAGCCAAAAUGGAAAUAUUCCUGGAGAGAUUGGCAGAAGCAUUCAUCUCAAUUCUAAUUUAACCGUCCAACUUGAGCUUGUAUCAUGGAGAAGUGUAAUUGAUAUCACAGGAAAUAAGCAAGUGCUUAAAACAAUAAUAAAAGCCGGUGAAGGCUUUGAACGUCCUAAUGAAGGAUCCCAGGUGAAAGUGGCAUAUACUGGCAAAAUGGAAGAUGGAACAGUUUUUGAGAAGAAGGGAACUGCUGAAGAACCGUUUGAAUAUACAACUUUGGAAGAUCAAAUAAAUAACGGUUUGGACAGAGCAAUAAUGACAAUGAAGAAAGGAGAACAUGCUCUUAUCACAAUCAGUGCAGAUUGCUUUUCUGACCACGAGAUUUCAGGAAAGUUUCAAGCAAAUUCUGUACUUGGCUAUGAAGUUGAGCUGAUUGACUUUAUCAAGGAGAAACCAUUCUGGAAAAUGGAUGCACUGGAGAAAUUAGAAGCAUGUGAAAAGAAGAAGCUUGAAGGAAAUGUGUUUUUCAAAGCUCAGAAAUUCUGGCUUGCUUCUAAGAAAUAUGAAAAGGCAUCAAAUUAUACCGAGUUUUCCCACUCUUUCACUGAUGAUCAAAAGUGCCUUGUCAAAGAGUUGCGAUUAUCAUGUCUUUUGAACAAUGCAGCCUGCAAGCUCAAACUAGGGGAGUACCUUGAAGCGUCAAGAUUAUGCACAAAGGUAUUGGAACAAGAACCCUUGAAUGUCAAAGCUUUAUUCAGACGAUCCCAAGCAUACUUGACUAUAUCAGAACUUGAAAAAGCUGAAGAUGAUAUAAAGAAGGCUCUAAUCGUUGAUCCAAAUAACAGAGAUUUAAAACUUAUUUAUAAAGAGCUAAAAGAUAAGCAAAGAGAAUAUACCAAAUAUCAAGCUGAGAUUUUUGGCACCAUGAUUUCAAGGAUGAGUUAAUUUGUAUGUUUUGCUAGAGAUAAGAAUUGUUAUAAUAUUUUAACUUUAAUUACUAUAAAUUCUAUUGGACAUAAAAAGUAAAAAUUUGAGUUUAAUCAUGAUUAUAA